AUGCUGCCCGUGUUGCUGCUGCUUCUGGGGGCUGCGGUGCCGCGGGGAGCGGACACACUUCCUGGCCAGAACUUCCUCCUCCCCCCUGUCAACUUCACCGUUGUCGUCGCUGGGCUGGCACGAGCCCUUCUGCGCUGGGCGCCGCACCCUGAUCAAGCGCGCCAGAACGUGACUGUGGAAUACCACGUGAAGAUCCACGGCCCACAGGAGGACGAGUUUGAAACCAGGAGCACAGUGAGCACCUGCGUCGCCCCCCUGCACCAAGGCCUGUCGGCGAGCGUGAGGGCCAUCGUGAGAGACCACGGCCGCCUCCAGGCCGCCAGCAGCUGGGCGUUCGCGGAACUCGAGGCCCCUCCAGGGCCUCCCGGCACCGCGGCCAUGAACUUGACCUGCACCACCAACACCGUAGCAGGGGAAGGCACGCACGCCGCAAUGUACCAGGUUUCCCUGCACUGCGCCUGGCGGGCGGGCGAGGCAGCCCCCGCGGAUACACAGUAUUUCCUCUACUACAGGUUCGGCCUCCAGACCCACGAGUGCCGCGAGUACAGCAGAGACUCCCUGCAGAGGAACAUCGAGUGCUGGUUCCCCAGGACCUCGAUCCACAGCAAGAGGCGGGACUGGCUCGCCGUGCUCGUCAACGGCUCGAGCAGGCUCACGGCCAUCAGGCCCUUGGAUCGGCUGUUUGCCCUGCACGCCAUAGACCAGGUAAACCCUCCCAGGAACAUCACAGCCGAGGUGCAAGGAGCCCAUCUCUCCAUCGAGUGGCAGAAGCCCGUGUCCGCCUUCCCCAGCUACUGCUUUGACUAUGAAGUGCAGAUCAGCGACACGAGGAAGGCCUACGUCCAGACGGAGAAACGGACAGUCAAUGCCUUCACCUCCGUGAUCGACAACAGCUCCAGGUACUGCGUGCAAGCCAGAGCCACGGUGAGCACCACGUGCCGGGCGGCGGGGCUCUGGAGCUCGUGGAGCCCACCCUUCUGCGUGGGUGAGUAG